AUGCCAUUCAUCCAUACGCCAACAUGGCGAGUCCCUGAACACUCCAUUGAACUCAUUCUCGGCCUCGCUGCAGUCGGCGCCCAGUAUUGCUUCGAGCAUCGCAUGUCCGAGAGACUCUUCCAAGCGGGCAAGGCCAUUCUCAUGGAGAGGUUGAUGCACGAGUCCGAAACGUUUGGUGCGAACACCGCUUCAUCCCUCAAUCUUCACAACCUGACACCACAACGCCGCGCCUCGCAAGGUUUUAGGGAGAGGGACUGGGGUCCUUGGGAACCAAUAGAGACAGUUCGAGCCUUGAUUGCCCUCAUGGGUUACGCCACUUGGGAGCCUAAAGUGUCACUUGUGCAGGAAGCGUUUGCUCUACAGGCACUUCUGGCACAGAUCCUUCGACAAGUUGGUCUUUAUGAAGAGGAUGUCCCUCAACUUCCUGCCGAUCAGGCCACCCCGCAAGCCGCCUGGCAAGCAUGGGUGCGACAGGAGUCUACGCGCCGAGCCAAGCUCAUUGCCUUUUCCUUCAUGCACACUCACAGCAUCGCAUAUAAUGUGUAUCCUGUGCUACGCAGCAACGAGGUUGGUCUUCGACUCCCUUGCUCAACUGGAGAGUGGAAAGCGCAGUCGGCGUGUCAGUGGCAGACUGCUCGCCAGGAAACUGAGAAGCAACAACUGUACUUCCAAGACGCUUUGUCCUUGUUACUGAGGAACACUGACGGAACCGCUCCCGUUGACCCCAUUCCAACACCAUUGGGUAACUACAUCCUUUUGCAUGGGCUCCUCCAGAGGAUCUUUAUUGUCCGCGAUUUGUCUCUACCAGUCAUGGAUCAGUCAGCGUCUCUUCCCAGCGAAGAGGUUGACAAGCUUGAACGAGGCCUGCGUUCCUGGACUGCGGGGUGGCAGCAAGCUCCCGAAUCCAGUCUUGACCCCAACAACGAGAAUGGACCCAUCCCCUUCACAUCCAGCUCUUUGCUCGGCCUCGCCUAUGUGCGCAUCUACCUUCACCUUGGUCCAUACCGGCUUCUUGACUCUCGAGACCCCAUGCGUAUUGCCAAGGCUAUCAACCGGUCUCCUGCCGUGGAGCGGAGUGGCGGCGUCAUCACCGCGCUGCUGUACACUGCUCAUAUGCUCAGCAUCCCUGUGCGACUUGGCGUUGAUCGUGUCGCGCGCAGCCAGGCAUUCUUCUGGAGCGUUCGUCACUCGCUUUCGGGGUUGGAGUGUGCCGUUCUGCUCAGUAAAUGGCUGUCAUCACUUACUGAAUCUGUCGCGACGACGCCUCUUAGCGAUAGCGAAGAUCGGAUCUUGCACUGGGUUCGAUGCAUUGUGGAAGAGGCGUACGAUGUUGUCGAUUUCGAAGACGAUGAGCCCGAAACAUCAACAGAUCGAGAUCCCGCUUCACUGAGCCUGGCGGUUCUGAGAAUAUGGGCACACUUUUUCAAAAGCAACACGCAAUGGCCUUUCAUCAACAUCAUCGGAAAGAGCUUGGAGAAGUACCGAGAGUUGCUCAUGCGCAGCAGAAAGCAGCUAGCCACUUGA